AUGGCAAUGACAAACAAUAAAACACAUUGUUUUACAUGUAAUAAAGAUAAAAUAACAUAUCCUUGUGAAGGAUGUUUGAAAAACUUCUGCUUAAUCGAUUUAACAAGACAUCGUCAACUACUAAAUGAAGAACUACGUCAUAUUAUUAAUGAAUAUAACCAAUUUAAACAAAUAUUCAAUGAACAAAAACCAAAUUCACAUGAUCUUGCUUUGAUAAAUCAAAUUAAUGAAUGGGAAAUAGAUUCAAUUGACAAAAUUAAACAAAAAGCAAAAAAAUGUAGAGAAAUUGUUAUUAAAUCAUCACGAACAUUUUUGAAUGAUACUGAACAGAAAUUUAAUGAUUUAAAUGAACAACUAAAGCAAAUUCACAAUGAAAAUGAAUUUAAUGAGAUUAAUUUGAAUUAUUUAAGAAAUGAAUUAGUAAAAAUGAGAGAAGAAUUAGAUAAUCCAUCAAUUAUAUCUAUUCAACAAGAUUCUCAACCAUUUAUGUAUGAUAUGCCAAUUAUUUCAUUGGAAAAAACAUUAAAAUUUAACAUAUGGAAACAAAAUGCCAUCACUGUGGCUGGUGGAAAUGGAUAUGGACCGAAAUUAAAUCAGCUCUGUCUUCCUGCAGGAAUCUUUGUUGAUGAAAGCAAAAAUAUUUUCAUCGCUGAUUAUUCCAACCAUCGUAUUGUUGAAUGGAAAUAUAAUGCAAAGGAAGGACAAAUUAUUGCAGGUGGAAAUGGGCAAGGAAAUCGAAUGGAUCAAUUAAGUUAUCCAACAGAUGUGAUUAUUGAUCAACAAACUCAUUCGAUCAUCAUUGCCGAUUGGCAAAACAGACGAGUGAUUCGAUGGUUGAAUCAAAAGCAAGAUAUUCUCAUUGACAAUAUAGACUGUGGUCGGUUGGCAAUGGAUAAACAUGGAUUUCUUUAUGUUUCAGAUUGCAGGAAUGAAGUGAGACGAUGGAAAAUGGGUGAACACAACAACAAAGGAAUUUUAGUAGCAGGUGGAAAUGGAUAUGGAUAUCAACUUAAUCAACUCUGUCGUCCUGCUUAUAUCUUUGUUGAUGAUAAUCAAUCUAUUUAUAUAUCUGAUCAGUUCAAUCAUCGUGUAAUGAAAUGGAAAAAAGGUGCAAAAGAAGGAACAAUUGUGGCUGGAGGAAAUGGUGAAGGAAGAAAUCUUAAUCAAUUGUCUCAUCCUCUAGGAGUAAUUGUUGAUGAUUUGGAUCAGAUUUAUGUGGCAGAUUUUGGGAAUCAUCGAAUAGUACGAUGGUAUGAAGGAAAAGAAGAAGGUGAAGUUGUUGUUGGUGGAAAUGGUCAAGGAAAUUUAUCAAAUCAAUUGAAUGUUCCCAUGGGUUUAUCUUUUGAUGAUGAAGGCAAUCUUUAUGUUGCUGAUUAUUUGAAUCACCGAAUUGAAAAAUUUGAAAUAGUUUUUAAAGAAUCACCGUUUCUUAUUUGGGAUAAAAAUGAUGAUGAUAAUCUUCGAUUUGUAACAGCAUCAUCUAAUUUACGUGCAUAUAUAUUUGGUGCAAUUAUACAAUCAAUCUUAUUAGAAGAACCAAAUCCAUCAUGUAUACAAUGUAGUGAUAUUGAACAUCCAGUACGUGUCAGAAUAAAUAUGUCAUUAUGUGAACGUUUAAUACGUAAACAUUUAAAAAUGAAUAAACCUGAUGUUAUUAUUGCUGGUGCUAAUGGAAGAAUAUUAAUAUCAGCUGAUGAUGAUGAAGAAGAAGACGAACAAAUGAAGCAUUAUUACAACAUAUGA